AGGUGUGGGUCCACAUACGGUUCGACCUUUUGGCUCGGGUUCUGGAAACACCGGGCAAGAGCUCACUGCCACACUCCUACUGUUUCAAACAAGCUCGGACUAGUGCUCUCCCGCACCACCGUGAGGCUCUCUAGCACAGCUUAAGCCUUCAGAAACCAAACACUCUGUCCUAAGCAAAGCCAAACACUCUUCAAAACCUCUAAACCCCACGCUUUCUCAAGACUCCUUUUUAUUCAGACCAAAAAUGGUUCCAAACCCAGCAUCGCUCACUCACAAAUCCACACUUUUACACCGUUUCGUGGGGUUUUCUCGUACACCCAUCUCGCAUUCCCGUCACCAUAUCCGAAUUCCCGAAAAUCCAGUUAAGAUGAGCCGGUUUCAGAGCUGUUCUUCGUGCCAGUCUCACUCUUAUCCAUUGAAUUCUGGUCACGGAGUUGUGUUUAAGAAUUUGGGUCGUUCUGAAAUUGGAUUUGGGCCACUGGGUCUUUCCCGUUUUCGGGUUUCGGCGGUCUCGGAUGGCGGUUCGGGCGGAACUGGUGGAUAUGGGGGUUCUGGUGAUGGAAAUUCUGGUGGGAGAGGUGAAGGCAGUGGUGCCGGCGGCAGUGAUAGUGGUGGUGGAAGUAACUGGUCCUUGCUAUCAUGGUAUUUGGCUCUUCUUGCGAAGUAUCCUGUGUCAAUAAAAGCUCUGACAUCUGCACUUUUAACUUUAAUUGGAGACUUAAUUUGCCAGCUUGCAAUUGAUCAAGUGCCAUCAUUAGACUGGAAAAGAACGUUCCUGUUUACUAUGUUGGGUCUGGUGUUAGUGGGUCCCACAUUGCAUUUCUGGUAUUUCUAUUUGAGUCGAGUGGUAACAUUGCCUGGAGCAUCAGGUGCAUUCUUGCGCCUUCUACUUGAUCAGUUCCUCUUUUCUCCUAUAUUUAUUGGAGUUUUCUUAACUACGUUGGUGACACUAGAAGGAAGGCCAUCACAAGUCAUACCAAAGCUUCAGCAGGAGUGGUUUUCUGCUGUUCUUGCAAAUUGGAAGUUGUGGAUACCUUUACAAUUUCUCAACUUCCGAUUUGUCCCCCAGCAAUUUCAGGUCCUUGCUGCUAAUUUUAUUGCUCUUGUGUGGAAUGUGGUUCUCUCCUUUAUAGCUCACAAAGAGAUUCUUCAAAAAUAGGUUAAUGUGGUGGUGACCUGACCUCAGUUCUGUCGGACUAUAUCCUUCACAAUGAUUUUGGUCCUCAGUAACACGUUUGUUACCAAAAAGAUGAGAGGGAUGAUGCUGUUUUGACAUUUGUUGUUGUUAGUUGUAUACCAAAGGUUGGGAUCUCUGUGCUUUGAACAUGAGCUUGUAAGUUAAUGGAUGGAAGAACGCAUCAAAUUGCAGAUGUAGGUGUUUCGUUUAUCAAAGUUCUCUUUUUUUGCA